CGUCGAAAAAGUCCUGACGGGCUGAACGUCAGGACUCUGAGGGUUGGUCCCCAUCGGGAGAGACUUGAGUUCACCGCACAAGAACACGGUGCCCUGUCUUUCCCGAUGCCCUCAGGGGUCUGUUCUACUAACCCUGCCUACACAGGGCGUAGAGAGACUCGGCGAGCGAUUUCCCGAGGGGCGCUCGCCCCCUCCGAGGAGGGUUGUGGAGUGUUCAGACCAGCUGUUUCCUGCCAGUAUGUUACAGGGCGCUGUGUCUGUCACUCGGGAUGUUCAUCCAGAGGCCAGCCUCGAGAGGCUGGUUCCCUUAGUAGAGUUCCUGGUGGUUAAUUCUAGCUCAAUCGGAACAUCAGGCGGUUCGGCAUCGAGAUGUCGUUCUUGCUCACAUCAAGAGGUUGAGACUCAACGCCAAGAAGAGUGUUCUUUCUCCAUUACAGAGAACCACUUUUCUCGGUGUAGUGUGGGAUUCGACGACUAUGCAGGCACAAUUGUCACCUGCUCGUGUUGCUUCGAUUCUCGCCGCAGUACAUCAAGUCAAGCUAGGCCGGUCAUCCACUGUAAAACAGUUCCAGAGACUGUUGGGUCUCAUGGCGGCUGCGUCCAACGUGAUACCUUUUGGCCUCCUGCACAUGAGACCGUUACAGUGGUGGCUCAGAACCAGAGGAUUCUCCCCGAGGGGAAAUCCGCUUCGCAUGAUCAUGAGUUCGCGACGGUGUCAUCGCGCCCUGGUUAUGUGGAAAGAUCCUUGGUUUCUGUCCCAAGGCCCUGUGUUGGGAGCUCCUUGUCGUCGCGUAAUGCUAACGACAGAUGCUUCUCUCACGAGUUGGGGGGCGAUCAUGAGUGGUCGCCCCGCUCAGGGUCUGUGGGAGGACCAUCACCGUCUAUGGCACAUAAAUUGUCUAGAGAUGUUGGCAGUGUUUCAGGCCCUGAAACAUUUCCUCCCGGACCUAAGAGGCCACCAUGUUCUUGUCCGGACAGACAACACAUCGGUGGUCUCCUAUAUCAACCACCAGGGGGGUCUGCGUUCUCGCCCGCUUUACAGGCUGGCACGUCAGAUCCUUCUGUGGUCCCAGGGGAAAAUUCUCUCUCUCAGAGCUAUUUAUCUCCCGGGGUAUUUGAAUCAGGAGGCAGACAUCCUGUCGAGGCAGGGGCCGAGGCCCGGGGAGUGGAGUCUUCACCCCGAGGUGGUGGAGCUCCUAUGGGGACAUUUCGGUCGUGCCGAGGUAGACCUAUUUGCGUCCCGAGAGACAUCACACUGUCCACUGUGGUUCUCUCUCAGCCAGCCAGCCCCACUGGGGUUGGAUGCUAUGGUACAUCCGUGGCCGAGGUCACGCCUGUACGCUUUUCCCCCGAUCGCUCUGCUUCCAGGACUUCUGGAGAGGGUUCGCCGGGACGGGCUCAGUCUCCUGCUUAUAGCCCCGUUCUGGCCGGCCCGAGUAUGGUUUUCGGACCUAGUAUCUCUCCUCGACGGCUCUCCCCUAGAGAUACCGAUCAGGAGAGAUCUGCUCUCUCAGGCGAGUGGGUCGAUCCUUCACCCCCGUCCAGAGCUAUGGAGGCUGUGGGCUUGGCCUCUGAGGGGGCCCAGCUCAUAGAUUCUGGUCUCUCGGCUGAGGUCGUUGAGACCAUCCUCCAAUCCAGAGCUCCCUCCACGAGGAAGUUAUAUGCCGCGAGGUGGAAACUUUUCACCUCUUGGUGUGGAGAGCGCCAGCAGGACCCAGUCAACUGCCCGGUUGGUACA